UAAGCUAUGCCAAUCCCACGUCCCCAUAAUUUUCCACUUUUCCCUAUCCCCUUCUCCAAUGGGUUACUGAAGCUUCAAAUCCCCGAAAAUGGCGACUCCGAAUCCAACUUCCAUGGCGUUAUCUUCUUCCUCCUCCAAUUUCCUUUCCCUUCCCCGCACUGCAACAUGCAUUUCAUUCCCACUGAAGCGCCCGCUUCUCCAUCCCAAGCCGCGCCUCUCUCUAAAUUCCCUCGCCUCUCCGGAUUUAGACCCCUCCUUGCCCUCAAACGUUCACACCUUCUGGGAGUGGCUUCGCCAGGAGGGUCUGGUCUCCUCCAAGACUCACGUGAAGCCAGCGAUUUUCCCCGAAGGCCUCGGCCUGGCCACCACCAAAGACCUAUCCAAGAACGAGGUCGUUUUGGAGGUUCCCAAGCGGUUCUGGAUCAACCCCGACGCGGUUGCUAAUUCUGAAAUUGGCAAUGUCUGCAGUGGAUUGAAGCCGUGGAUUUCUGUUGCUCUGUUUCUGAUUAGAGAGAAUUUCAAGGAGGAUUCGCGUUGGCGACGGUACCUAGAUAUUCUCCCUCAGGAAACAGAUUCCACUGUGUUUUGGUCUGAAGAGGAGCUUGCGGAGCUCCAAGGAACCCAACUUCUGAGUACGACUUUGAAUGUAAAAGAAUAUGUUAAGAGCGAGUUUCAUAAGGUUGAAGAGAUAAUACUCCGCCACAAAGAUCUAUUUCCUACUCCAAUUACACUGGAUGACUUCUUUUGGGCUUUUGGGAUACUCAGAUCAAGAGCAUUUUCACGACUCAGAGGCCAAAACCUUGUUUUGAUCCCUUUCGCGGACUUGGUCAACCAUAGUGCUGAUGUAACCUCAGAAGAACAUGCAUGGGAGGUUAAGGGACCAGCAGGUCUCUUCUCAUGGGAUAUCCUAUUCUCUCUCCGGUCCCCAAUUUCUGUGAAGGCUGGCGAGCAGGUUUUUAUCCAAUAUGACUUGAAAAAGAGCAAUGCCGACCUAGCUCUUGACUAUGGGUUCGUAGAGUCAAAACCUGACCGCAAUGCAUAUACACUGACGUUAGAGAUCCCAGAGUCGGACCCUUUUUAUGAUGACAAGCUGGAUAUUGCAGAGACUAAUGGUCUUGGUGAGACUGCAUAUUUUGACAUUGUUUUGGACCGUCCUUUUCCUGAUGCAAUGCUUCCAUUCCUGCGGUUGCUAGCGCUUGGAGGCACCGAUGCAUUCCUCUUGGAAUCCUUAUUUAGAAACUCAAUCUGGGGCCAUCUUGAAAUGCCUGUAAGUCGAGCAAAUGAAGAGUUUGUGUGUCAAGUGGUCAGAAAUGCUUGUGAGGUUGCUCUUUCUGGUUACCGCACCACUUUAGAAGAGGAUGAGAAGCUAAAAGAAGAAAAGCUUGAUUCAAGACUGAGGAUUGCUGUUGGAAUAAGAGAAGGGGAGAAAAGGGUAUUGCAGCAAAUAAUCAAAAUUUUCAAAGACAGGGAACUGGAAUUAGAUGAAUUGGAAUAUUACCAAGAAAGGAGGCUAAAGGAUCUUGGGCUAUGUGGGGAGCAAGGUGAAAUUAUCUUUUGGGAGUCCAAAUAGGAAUCCCCCAUUCAUUAAUGGCUACCCAGAAAUGAAGAAGGUUCAAAUACAUGCGGCUUUCAACACUUCGGCCAUUGACAAGAAUGGGAUGUUCAAGUAAGCUCUGUAUUUUAAUUAACCAGUAUCUAUUAAUAAUAGGUGUUGAUAUAUUCUUCAUUAUAUUCAUAUCAUAUCAUAU